AUGAGUAUGGAAGAGAAUACAAAGAAACGUCGGCGAGUUCUACUCGAUGACGAAGAACCUCGCAUUUCCCUAGCUCGAAUCAGAAAUCGAAGCCCUACUGUCGAAGUCGAACCUACACCACAGAUGCCUAACGCUAUUGACAAAGAAGAACACAGUAGUUUCCAGUUGGAUGAGGAAGAAGUCUCGUGGAACGACCUGAGUGAGAAUGACAUAGUGCUCUUGACCAGCGACCCCAUACCCGCACCCUCAAAUCCUCUUUUACAACAACAUACCGACGACGGGCAGGCUGCAAGAUCUAGCUUGUCUUCUUCGCCAACUUCAGAAGGAUCACGACACCUUCACGUUCAACCUCUUAAGGCACUUUCACACCCGGACUACACACCUACGCAUAGCUCGAUCGAAGCAUCAACCCCAAGAGACUACGAGCAACCAUCUGGAUUCACAGAGUAUGCGCCUCAAAGCCGAAAGUCACGUGCAGGUCGAGAUCGCGUCUCCGAUGUUGUAACCUACCCUGCUACGCAGAACGUCGACGCUAUAGCUUUGCAGGAGGAAUUCGUCGGUGAGCAUCUAUUGUUCAACGAAAACGACUAUGAGGGGUCUGAGGCCAACGUGCUGCUGAAUUUACGCUGCGAUGAUACACUACAGAUCACGCAGUCUAUAGAGAUCGACUUCGAAGACGACGAUAACACAGACCACCACGGCGACUACGCUCGAGGCUCUGGUUGGCAACACAGUGACCACCAGAGAGGGCAUGAUGCACAUGAUCACUUCAGUGGGAACCAGGAGGAGAGAAAGGGCAAUGAAGAAGACGAGGAUCUAUAUCCUAGGAAGAAAUUUCCACCAUUAAUCCCUCGAAAUACUCUUAAACACGAUCAACUCCUUUCAAGACGUCCGCUACAAGUCCUCGACCGGCGUACUGUAUCCUGUCCGAAGUACGAGCAUAGAUACAAAUACUAA